CCGGGGUGGAGGGGUGGGGCCGGGGGCGGAGCUGCUGGAGGGGGCUGCUCCGCGCCGGGGCCGUUGGCUCCAGACAAAUAAACAUGGAGUCCAUCUUCCACGAGAAACAAGAAGGCUCACUUUGUGCUCAGCAUUGCCUGAAUAAUCUAUUGCAAGGGGAGUAUUUUAGCCCUGUGGAGUUAUCCUCGAUUGCACACCAGCUGGAUGAAGAAGAAAGGAUGAGGAUGGCAGAAGGAGGCGUUACCAGUGAGGACUAUCGCACAUUUUUACAGCAGCCUUCUGGAAAUAUGGACGACAGCGGCUUUUUCUCCAUUCAAGUUAUAAGCAAUGCCUUGAAAGUUUGGGGUUUAGAACUAAUCCUAUUCAACAGUCCAGAGUACCAGAGGCUCAGAAUUGAUCCUAUAAAUGAAAGAUCCUUUAUAUGCAAUUAUAAAGAACAUUGGUUUACAGUUAGAAAAUUAGGAAAACAGUGGUUUAACUUGAAUUCUCUGCUGACGGGUCCAGAAUUAAUAUCAGAUACAUACCUCGCACUAUUCUUGGCUCAAUUACAGCAAGAAGGUUAUUCUAUAUUUGUUGUUAAGGGUGAUCUGCCAGACUGCGAAGCUGACCAGCUUUUGCAGAUGAUCAAGGUCCAGCAGAUGCAUCGACCAAAACUUAUUGGAGAAGAAUUGGCACAGCUCAAAGAACAGAGUGUUCUCAAAGCAGAUCUGGAACGAGUCCUAGAGGCGGCCGACGGGUCGGGAAUGUUGGAUGAAGAUGAGGAUGAUUUACAGAGGGCUCUAGCGAUAAGUCGUCAGGAAGUUGAUAUAGAGGAUGAAGAAGCUGAUCUCCGAAGGGCCAUUCAGCUUAGUAUGCAAGGUAGUUCCAGAAGUAUGUCUCAAGAUAGUCCGCAGACACCACAUACCAAUCUUACUUCAGAAGAGCUGCGGAAGAGGAGAGAAGCCUACUUUGAAAAGCAACAGCAGCAGCAGCAGGAGGUAGACCGACCUAGACAGCUUUCAUACCCUUGUGAAAGACCGACCACAAGUUCAGGAGGACGUGGGAACAACCAAGCAGGUGAUGGUGUGAGUGAAGAAGACAUACUCCGGGCAGCUGUAACCAUGUCUUUAGAAACUGCUAAAGAUAAUUUGAAAGCAGAAAGGAAAAAAUAAUACCUUUCAAAAUCAUUUUGCUCCUCAUCCUUUCUAACAUUGUGUGAAUACAGUAUAAGGUCCACUUUGGCAGUGUGUUCACUGGAAGAGAUAAGACACUUUAGUGGUUUAUAAGCAAAGGAUAAGAAAGCCAGAAACAUGUCAUAGGACUAAGUAAUGAUCCGGAUGCUAGCCAAAGAGGCAGUCAGCAACUAAAGAAACUUAAGAUAGUUUUCUAAAUGUCCCUUUUUGUUUUUCAAGUGUGCAAUAUCUAACUGAAAUUAGGGAGUUUUCUUGGCUCUUUGUGGACCAACUAACUAGCUCUUGCCAUUGAACUUGAUUUUGUAUUGUUUUCAUUUUCUCUCUUCAUUGGAGGUGGCUUGGCUCACUUGAGCUUCUGUUUCAUGUAAUCUCUGGUUGUGGUUAUUCUCCCACAACUCUAACAUGGUAAUCUGUUCUGAGGUUUGACUUUUUAAGCCCUCUCUAGUGGGAUCAUUGUUUGUUAACUUUGGUGCAUUCCUAUACUCUGAAGUCAGAGCUCUGCUCGAGUAUUUGACUCUAAAUGAGCUGGACAUCUAUAAUCCUUCCUGCACCCUAUUUCCUUUCUUUUCCAGUUGAGAAAGGGAGAAGCAAACACAUUCCCCUCUUACUUAACAUGCGGCCACCAUGAAUGUACUGCAGGAGAAACUUGGCCUUCAGUGUUGGUGUCGGAUUUGUUUUAGUUUUUUUCUAUUGUGACAGGAGCUUUAUGUUCUAGUUACGAUAAGUCCUGGAAUAUAGAUGCCUGCUUCUUCUUCUUCUUCUUCUUCUUUUUUUUUUUUUUUUUUUUUUUUUAAGUGGAAUAUAGCCUGCUGGGAUGGUGGUCUAGAAUGUGAAAGUAAUUUACUAAUGAAAAUAUAUAAAUAUACUGUGGGUUGACCCUUGCAAUCAUGUUUAAAUUGUUUAAGAAUUACAGAAGUCAGAGUGGCUCUGUCUGUAAAUAAGAAAGCCCUUAGUUUUGAUAAACAUUGUUUAAUUGGGAUGCACAGUCUUUCUGGGUCAAUACUUUGGUAUGAUUUGGGUGAAAAUUCACUGUGUCUCAUGGGUGUCAUAGAUCCUGAUAUCUGCUCUCCCUCCCUCCCUCUCUAUCCCCUUUUGAAUGUUGACUUGUACAUAGGUAAAAUCCAAGAAGAAAUUUUAGCCAACAGUUUAGGAAGGUGAAGAAUGGUAUAUCGCUCUAUUGGUGUGUGUUCUGCACACGUUUUAUCAGGGAAAGUUUUUGAUGUAGGAUUUAUUGCUGUUGAACUGCAAAAAAUACAAAUAUUUUUAUUUAUGAUUAUGAAGUAGUUUUUUCUUGGAUAGGGCAGAUUGUUUUGUUUUGUUUUGUUUUGCUAGAGAUUGGACCCAGGGCCUCAUGUGUGCUAGGCAGGUACUCUACCUCUGAGCUAUAUUCCCAGUUCCAAAACAGGUGAAUUUUUUUCUUAAUCAUUUUGUGCCAAUUAAAGUGGGGUUUUUUUUGAAGUUUGCUUUAUGAAAAAUUAGUCAGUCUUAUUUUAAAAUCUAUGAAGUUUUCUUUAGUCAUUGCAAAGGUUCAGAAGAAUUGUGCAACUUUAGGGUGUUGGAGUUAGGACCUUUCUUACUAUUCACAGAUAAGUGUUAGAAUGAAGUAUGUAAUACCCCAGUGUGCCAGUCACAUUGUCUGGACAUUGGCCCUUUCCUUUUCUCUUUGAAAAAUCACAUUAAACUUUCCAUACAGUUUGAUUGAUGAGGUAUCUGAUAGAAAAAUGAGAAAGCCAAUAUGCAUUUCAAUUUUAACUUUAGAGUUUAUAAAACAUUCAUGUAACACACCCUAGUUAAAUCACUUAUGAAAUACAGCAUGUUGAUCCUUUAUUAGAGACAUUUUGAAGAGAAACUGAGCAUACACUGAAUAUCUGAGUGUAUUUUUUUUUUUUUUUAGUUUGUUAUGAAUUGUUAUAUUUGGCAAGGCAAAUCCAGACUCACUAUUAACUGCCAUCUCUUUCGGAUUGACCUAGGCUUACCUGAACAUUUAAAUUUCAUUAUUAAUGAGUAGCCAGUAUGAAAAGAUGCCAAUGCUUAUAACCACAGUAUACAAAAGUGCAAAAGUUUUAUGAAUCUCUAGUUCAUACACCAGGAGCUGCCUGUAUAUGUACAGCACUGCAUGACAGUCAGGGGAAAGGAAAUCCACGGUCACAGUUGUGCUGUGGACUUGACUGACAUUUCCAUUCUGUUUUUACCAAUUGGGAGCACCUUAAUGUUUAAUAUUUAAACUACUGGUAUCUUUUUUUUCUAAUGUGUAACUUACACACCAGAUAAAAUAUGUACAGUUGUGAUGCUAGUGUCAUAAGCAAGUGUAAGAACACUUUGGAAGGCCAGGCAUAGUGCUGCAUGCCUUUAAUCCCAGUUCUCAGGAGGCAGAGGCCAGCAGAUCUCUUUGAGUUCAAGGCCAGCCUGGUCUAUAUAGUGAGUUCCAAACCUGCUAGAGCUGCACAGUGAGACCUUGUGUUUAAAAAAAAAGAAAAGAAAAAGAAAAAGAAAAAAAGAAACUUUGGAAAGACCACUUUCUUAUUUUGGGAUGUCAUGAAUAUAUUCAUAUUUUAAAAAUCCAGAGUAGCUGCCGUCUGGCCCAAACCAUAAAUCAACAAAAACAAAAAAACAAGACAGCGAUAUGCAGACAUUUCACUGAUAUAAAUUGUUUGAUACAGUAGUGCAGGUAAAUUCUACACUUAACUUUUAAGACCUUGGCCAAAUCAUUUACAAUUCACAGGCGUUAUUUAAGGUGGUGCUUUAUUUUCCCCUGCAAACUUGAUUUUUCUUUAUGAAGCCAAAGUUAAUGAGGAAGAAUGCUCAAAUUGAGUAGCCUGAAUUGUUUUAUUUAAUAUCAAGUGGAUUAAAGUAAGUUUUAUUCAUGUCAGAGUCUAAACCACACAUUUUGAAUACUUGCGUGUUUGGUACUAUUUUUAAAUCAUGCCAGUGCCAGGAAUUACUAAAUUCUUAAAACUGUUCCCUGUGACCUGCACAAAUCCAAAUUGGGUAGUGCAGAACCAGACUUCUAUCUGAAGGUCUUAAGCUGGGAAAUCCUGAUGUUUUAAAUUAGUAAGAGGAUUCAGAUUCAGACCUUUGAUUCCAGCUUUAAGUUCAGCAGCAAGGAUGUGCUCAGUGGUAGAGCAGUUACCUAGUGACCCCAGUCUUGAGUUCAGUCCUUACCACUGCAAAGGAACAAAAGUUCAAAAUGCAGUCUACAUUUAGAGAGGCCUUAAGGGAAUACUUUCAAAGUGAAGUGUCUGCUGUAUUUUAGCUCUAUGAAGUGCUAAAUACAUGUUACCUUAAUUAAGAAAAAGCAGAUUAGAUUAAUCAGUAGUGUGGAUAAUUUCUGUUUUUCAUAUUUAAAACAAAAACUCUCCCCUCAUUCCUAAUUUGUCAUUAAUAAGGUAAAGAAACAAACUUGUUUUGUAUUUUUUCAAAGUGUUAUACAUAGUAAAAAGUUUUGUUUAGUCUUUCAUGAAUGAAAAGGAUAUUGACUUUUUUUUAAUUUGAGGAUUUUUUUUAUUUCUAUAAUGGUCUGUCAUUUUAAGAAUUAGCACAAAAUAAUAUACUCCCUAAAUUUAUGGAGGUUUAAUAGUGCCAGCACACUUUUAAAACUGCAGUCAUAGAUAAGGUAUUAGUGGAAAGUAUGUGGGAAAUGCAGUUAUUUAGGGAAUACUCACUUGUCUCUUGCAUAGUUUAAAGGUGGUAUGUUUCCUGGAAUUUUUUUAAUGAUUUUUUUUUUUAAGAGGACAGCAGACAUUUGAAAUGUGAUUAUCUAAUUUCUACAACACUGGACUAAAUAGGAAUAACUUUUUUUUUUUUAAAUGACUGUUCUGUAUAAAUAAAAUAUUUGAAACUUAAGUGCAAAAGCCGUGAAAUCAAAAGGCAUUGUCUUCUGGCCAAUACGAUGCACUGUGGCAGUGCUGUUCGCUCAGGACCCACCUCUGCAGCCCUUCCUCGUGUGCCCGGUCUCCUAGAGUUACGGGCUGCCACUCCACAGGUCUUCCGUCUGUCUACGCCUUCGAAAGCUGGGCUUCCAAAGCACUGUUGAACACCGAGGGUUCUGUUGGUAUGGAUGUUAAUGAGCUGUAUUUUAAAUAUCAGAGAUUAUUAAAUAAAGAGAAUGAUUGCUUUUCUAUUAA